CAGCUCAUUCCUCCAAAGCCGUAUGUUCUUGAAUCAGAGUCUUCUUCUUCUUCACCAAAAAUUGAUAAGCUAAGCUAAGCUAGCAACCAUACAGAAAUGGCAUACCAUUGAUUCCUUCUCAUAGAGUAUCUCCUAUUUCAUAUCCAACCAGUUGACUAACAUGGAAGUCGAGGUAAGGACAGUUGCAUCAAUAGAGAAUUGCUUCAUCUCCCUUCCAACCCUUCUCAUCCAAACUCUCGAGAACACUUUCUCUGGUCCUGGCUCUCUCCCUCCAUUUCUAGCACUAGAACUCCGUUCCCCAAACACCGAGAAUCUCUGGUAUGUCGCCUGGUCUGGCUCUGCAUCUUCCUCUUCUGCAAUCGAGAUUUCCCAACGGUAUGCAGAGUGUAUCUCUCUUAAAGACCGAACUAGAGUUCAAAUGCGUGCCGUUCCUAAUUUUCCUAAAGCUACUCUUGUGACAGUAGAACCCUAUACAGAGGAUGAUUGGGAGGUUUUGGAACUGAAUGCAGAGCUGGCAGAGUCCGACAUUCUUAGCCAGGUUGGGAUUGCUCAAGAGGCUAUGAGAUUUCCCAUCUGGUUGCAUGGUCGAAAUGUUGUCACGUUUACUGUAGUUUCUACAUUACCCAAAAGUUCUGCUGUACAACUUGUGCCUGGGACUGAACUUUCCGUUGCACCAAAAAUACGCAAAAGAAGUCUAGGUUCUUCUAAAGAUUCUUCUAUGCAAUCUUUAUCUGAGGAGCAUUCAAUGAGAAAAGCAUUGUUGCGGGUUCAAGAUCCUGGAAGUAGAUUAAUGCAUAGUUGUGAAGCGAAUGGGGUGGAGAUGGAUGUUGAACUCACAUCUGCUAUAUUCAUCCAUCCAGAAACUGCCAAAAAAUACAAGUUUGAAUCACCUCAAUUAGUUGUAAUUGAGCCUAGAUUACCAUGGAAGGGUACCAUAAAUGCUGUUAGGUCAAGCAGUAAAGAUGGUUUGGUUGCAGAUCAACAUAAUAGUGAAAUCCAAACUAAGAAGCAGAGUUGUACUCAGGUAGUUGUUAAUCUAUUGAUAUUGGAGUCCGUGGCUAAGGGACAUGUAAUGGUUUCAAAGUCUAUUCGUUUGUAUUUGCAGACAAGCAUACACUCAUGGAUGUAUGUGAAAGGAUGCAGCUUUAAUAUGAAAAAGGAAUUUCCUUUGCUUUCAGUUUCUCCAUUUCAAUUUAAGAUGUUUGGCAACUCUGAGGCUUUUGAUGAUAACAGCUAUGAGGCUGCUAGGAACCAAGCUAAUCUUACCACAAAAGAUCCUUCUCUCAAAAUGAACUUAAAUGCAGAUACAUUUGAUCGGAGUAUACACGAGAGAUUUGUAGCAGCUCUUUCCAGUAACUCACCUUCUAAAGAUGGUGAAGAGAUUGAUAUUUUAUCCAAAAGAGAAGUGGGAUUGUCCUGUCUCUUAAAAACAUGGUACCGUUCCCAACUUCAUGUGAUUGCUUCAAAUGCGAGCGUGCAACUCAAUUCACUGGCCUUAGGAAACACAACUUUGCUUCACUUUGUUUUGAAAGGUGACAAACUUGUUAACAAUGGAAAGGUACAACCAUUGUCUAAUGUCGAAACCAGCAAACCAUCAAUUGAUGUCAUGUAUCUUCUGCAAACUUGUGAUGAGCCUUUGCAACAUGAGAAUUGGGAUGCAUAUGAACUUGAUGAGAGUAAUUGGGGUUCUAAUGAUGUGACUAGCUCAGAUGCAUUGGAAAGGAAAUUGAAAAUGGGAGAAAGUUUCAUUCUUCCUACAAUUAAGGAAAAAAUCUCGGACAAAAACUUUAAGUUUCACAUUUCUUCCUUAAGCUGGAUGGGAACAGCUGCUUCUGAUGUUAUCAACAGAUUGAGUUUGUUAUUAUCUCCAGAAUAUCAAAUUACUUACAAUCUGCCCCUUCCUGGACAUAUUCUUAUAUAUGGGCCUCCUGGUUCUGGAAAAACAUUAUUGGGAACAACUGCUGCAAAAUUUGUUGAGGAACAUGCAGAAAUCUUGGCUCACAUUGUUUUUGUAGGUUGUUCUAAGUUUUCUUCGGAGAAGUCAGCAAAUAUUCGCCAAACACUAUCUGGAUACGUUUCUGAAGCUCUGAAUCAUGCACCAUCUGUGAUCAUUUUUGAUGAUCUUGAUAGCAUUGUAUCAUCCUCUGACGGCUUGGAAGGAUCUCAACCUUCAGCCUCCGUUGUUGAGCUUACACAGUUAUUUUUGGAUAUUAUGGAUGAAUAUCAGGAGAAAAGAAGAAAUCUAUGUGGAAUUGGCCCAGUUGCAUUCAUAGCUUCUGCACAGAGCCUUACUAAGAUUCCACAAUCCUUGAGCUCUUCUGGGAGAUUUGAUUUUCAUGUCCAGCUGCCACCUCCUACUGCGACAGAACGUGGUGCUCUACUGAAACUGGAGAUCCAGAAGCGAUCCUUAAGUUGUUCUGAUGACAUCUUAUUUGAUGUUGCUUCAAAGUGUGAUGGAUAUGAUGCAUAUGACCUGGAAAUACUGGUUGAUAGGGCUGUCCAUGUUGCAAGUGGCCGCUUUCUCUCCCCUGAUGUGAUUUUAGAUUCGGAUAAAUUUGCUUUGCUUAGGGAUGAUUUUAUGCAUGCAAUGCAUGAAUUCCUUCCAGUUUCCAUGCGUGACUUAAAUAAAACUGCACCAGAGGGAAGUCGAUCUGGGUGGUUAGAUGUGGGCGGUCUUACAGACAUAAAAAACUCUAUUAAGGAGAUGAUUGAAUUACCCUCGAAAUAUCCAAAUGUAUUUGCAAAAUCUCCUUUGAGGCUGCGAUCAAAUGUUCUGCUAUAUGGUCCGCCUGGUUGUGGGAAAACGCAUAUAGUCGGUGCUGCUGCUGCUGCUUGUUCCUUGCGGUUUAUCUCUAUCAAAGGACCCGAACUCUUGAACAAGUACAUUGGUGCUUCUGAACAAGCUGUUCGCGAUAUUUUUGCAAAGGCAGCUGCUGCAGCUCCAUGCCUUCUUUUUUUCGAUGAAUUUGAUUCUAUUGCUCCAAAGAGAGGUCAUGAUAAUACUGGAGUGACUGAUCGUGUAGUUAAUCAAUUCUUAACAGAAUUAGAUGGUGUAGAAGUCUUGACUGGAGUAUUUGUUUUUGCAGCAACCAGUAGACCAGAUUUACUUGAUGCUGCACUACUACGACCUGGUAGGCUAGAUCGACUUCUCUUCUGUGAUUUUCCUUCAAGGCAAGAGAGACUGGAUAUUCUAACCGUUCUUUCACAAAAGCUGCCUAUGGCCGGUGAGGUUGAUCUAGAUUCUAUUGCAAAUAUAACGGAUGGGUUAAGUGGAGCAGACCUCCAGGCUCUUCUUUCAGAUGCACAGCUUGCUGCAGUUCAUGAUGCUUUAGAUAAGGUGGAGAUUGACAAGCCAAUUGAGAAGCCUUUCAUUUCCAAUAAUCUCUUGUAUUCUGUUGCUUCCAAAGCAAGACCUUCUGUAUCCGAUUCAGAAAAACAGCGAUUGUAUAGUAUUUACAACCAGUUCUUGGAUGCAAAAAGAUCGGUCUCUUCACAGACUAGGGAUGCCAAGGGCAAAAGGGCUACACUGGCUUGAGUUUAAGAAGAUUAAAUUGUAGCUAUUGUGAUUUAUGAUGAUUUUCCGUCGUAUGGGUUGGGUUGGAAACUUUGUUGAUAUAUUUUGUUCAUGUUUGGAAACAUAUAUCUGACCCAAGUGGGUUCGAGUAUAACCCGAUCUAGAGAUGGCCACACCCUAACCCCAAGGCUCACAAGGGGAGCGAACUAAUGGAGUUAUUAACUCAGAAAAUUGCUUCAAAAAUAGGGAUUUCAUUUGACAAGUAGGUGUUCUUUCACAAUGGACUGCUUCAAAUUCCCUUUGUGAGAGGAUUAUAUAAACAACAAUGAGUGUUAUUUGUUGAUUGUUCAAUUCAAAUGUCCAAAAUAAAUCUGGGAAGUAAUGCUUGUAUACAUUUUUGUAGAAUGUUUGGCUCAUAAAUAAUGUGUCA